AUGGAUCAGAUGGAUAAUAUGUGUCGAUUUAUACAAAAGUUGAUUGAAUGGAUUGGUAUAUCAUAUGCUUUGGCACAAUUUGGUGAACAAAAGGAUAAAAUUGAAAUGAGUUUAUCGUUUGGUGCUACUAGAUGGGAGGCUGGUCGCCCUGUUGCAGAUGCUGUUAAAUAUCAACAAAUUAUCAUGUUUAUGAUAUCUGCUUCAACAGCACUUGGUGUACUUUUUUCAACAUUUGUCUGUGUAUUCACAUGUAUUGAUGAUCACCAUCGUUUACGUACAGAAAGAAUAUCAAAUGCAAAGCCAUGGAUUUAUGCACAAAAAGAUAAAUUCUUUGAAAAAACUAAAAAUUUAUUAAUUGAUUUAAAAAAUAAAUUAUUUUGUUGUGCCAUUCAAAGGAAUAGUCUUUCUUCUGAUGAUGAUCAUUAUGAUUUAAAUAAUGGCGAGAAUUUGAGUUUAUUAGAUAGUCGUCAUAAUCAUAACUCAUGA